AUGUCUUCCGCUCCUAAGCCUCCUCGUGUCGAGGUCAACAACCUCUCAUACACGUUCCCCGACUACUCAACUGGUAUCAACAACAUCAGUCUGGAUCUUCCUCCACGAUCACGUACCCUUCUUAUCGGUGCCAACGGCGCUGGUAAGACUACUCUGCUGCGUCUUCUCGCUGGCAAGCGUCUUGCGCCCAGCGACACCAUCUCCAUCUGCGGAGUUGACCCUUUCAAGGAGGGUCUUGAGGGAGUCACUUAUCUCGGUCUUGAAUGGGUUCUUAACCCAAUUGUCCGAAACGACAUUGGCGUCAACGAGUUGCUCCGCUCUGUCGGUGGUGAUGCGUACCCGGAUCGUCGAGAUGAGCUCGUCGCCAUGCUUGAUGUCGACACCAACUGGCGCAUGCACGCUGUCUCUGAUGGUGAGCGCCGUCGUGUACAGCUUGCCAUGGGUCUUGUGAGGCCCUGGACUGUCCUGCUUCUCGACGAAAUCACCGUCGACCUUGACGUUCUGAGCCGAGCUGAAUUCCUCGGCUGGCUCAAGCGCGAAACCGAGAUUCGCGAGUGCACCAUCGUCUACGCCACCCAUAUCCUUGAUAACCUUGCUGGCUGGCCUACUCACCUCGCCCACAUGCAUCUCGGUACCGUCAAGGAGUGGGAUGAGGCCGACAAGAUGCUCGCCACUAUUGACGGAACUGUGGGAGCCUCUGGCAACAGUCGUCUUGGAGAACUUGUCCUAAGCUGGCUCCGGGACGAUUUGAGGGAGCGAGGACCUCGAAGCAAUACCAAGCGCAACCCUGAAGGCAAGACUUAUGGCUUUGGAGGUAUACAGAUUGGUGGGUACGGCGAUGAGUCUAAGCAGCGUGAGGUAUAG